AUGGCAGCCAGUACAAGUGGUUCCUUCUUCCUGAGCGAUGGCCUGGAAGUUUACUCAAGGGUUUGGGAACCCAGAGACUCCCUCAUCAAAUCACACAUCGCCUUUUUGCACGGCUUCGGUGACCGCUGUGAUCAAUACGACGCCUUCUUCUCGCUACUCGUUGCAAACUACCCCGUCAAAGUGCAUGCCUGGGACCGACGAGGCUGGGGAAAGACCGUGAGAACAAAAGCGCAAAUGGGGGACGCAGGAAAAACACCACAAGUCGUUGCCGAGAUCCACGAGGCCUUGAUCUACAUCGCUUCCACUAUACCGGAUAUUAGGAAGACCCCCCUUUUUCUCAUGGGUCACAGCAUGGGCGGGCAGGAAUCUGCCUUGUAUCUUUUGAAUCCAGAACUGGACGGACAUCGGCCCCCGAUUACAGGCUGGAUCCUGGAGGCGCCGUAUAUUGGACUUGAUCCGGCCAGCCACCCCAAUCGCGUCGUCGUUGCCGUCGCUAAGCAAGUUGCGCGUGUCUUUCCCAAGUUGAAGUUUACUCAGCCAUUGAGCGGCGACUUUAUCACUAGAGACCGCGAUGUGCGCGAGAGGUAUCGCAGCGAUCCGUUAUGCCACAAUACUGGCACUUUAGAGGGACUGCAGGACUUGCUCCAACGCGAAAGUGACCUGACCACGUUGUCCUUGUCGGACCAGCGUGUUCCCUCAGGGCUCAGUGCACGCCUCCCGUGCCCUGUAUUCUGGGCCCAUGGCUCGGGGGACAUGAUUACCUCCUAUAUCAUCUCGAAGCGGCUUUAUAAUCGACUCGAACCACACGACGAGGCGGAUCUAGACGCGAAGACCUGGAAGUCAUUCGAGGGCGCGUUCCACCAGCUCCAUUCUGAGCCUGAUGGCGUGGCAGAGGAAUACAUGCGAGAUGUGGGCAAAUGGGUUGCUAAGAUAACGGCCAGGUCCUUGGCUACUCCACAAGACACUGAGAAGACGCCGCUUACUGUUGUCUUGUGA